AUGGGCGGGGGACCUUAUGUGGGGCAAGGCUUUGCCAGUGUCCCAGGGCGAGGGCUGUCAGGUCGUUGGGGCCGCAGGGCUGGCCCUGGAUCGCAGAUGAAGGGGGCGGGGGUUGGAGUGGGCGUGUGUGCGCACCCACCGGGCGUGUGCAUGUGUGGAAGAGUGUACAUGCGUGUAGGUGCACUGUCUUGCGUGUGCGCACACGUGUGCGGAUGUCAGCGCUGCCGUGGCCUCGGAACUCCAGGCUGGUUUGGUCUAGUGAGCAGCACGGCCGGAAGCCAGCCCCUUCAACGGUUUUGCUUUCUGGGGUAG